AUGCCACAGUUGGUUGUCGAAGAUGCUAAGGAGCAGUCUCAGGCCACAAACCGGGCACCGGCCGACAUGAUUCCGUGGACUGCUCUAGAGAAGCCUAUCCCGAACUUGGCCAAGAUGCCCCUCGAGAUCAUCUACCAGAUCUUUGACGACCUGAUCCCCAGGAACAUCGUUGUAACGAUCAGCGACCCCAUCCCCAAGAACAUCAUCGUAACGAUCAGAGAGCGGCGCAAGACGCGUGACCUCGAUGAUGGCCAGGACUAUUCAGACCAAGACGACUUGCAUCUCUACUGGCAUGACUCACCGCUCUACUGGACGUACUCUCCUCGUUCUCAGUUCUCCAAGUGGUGUCUCAUAUGCAAAGACUUGAGCUCCAAACUAGGUCCCUUGAUUUAUUCGCGUCUCGAGCUUGCCGUGCAACUGGACCGAGUCUUCGACGGUGACCUGAUAUCCUUACACUUCGGCAAGGAAUCCCUGGUCGACAAGGAGAGCCCCAUUUUCUUGUGCUGCUUGAAGGAAGGCGUUCUAGACGACAUGGAGAACCUGAAAACCUCAUACGACAUCGGUCUAAGUCAUCUGCAUUGGAUCCUGGUGGAGAAGUUCAACAAGCGGGUGGGGGUUGACGAUGCUGCCCGAGACCGCGAACUUGGCUUGUUCCGUGCUCUGCCUGCCGAGUGUGACGUGAGCAAAGACGAGGUGGUGGACGGCAGAGUGAAUGGUAUGGACGAGAUCGAGGCGGUCGCCAAAGAUGCCGACGUCCAAGACGAUGUCAGCUCAGGGGUUGCUUCGAUGAAGCUUGAAUAA